CCUCAAGAUCAUUAAUUAUGCCAUCUUUUUCUUCUACAAGUUUAAUUUUCUGAUCUAAUUCAGACAAUUCUCCUUCAGUGUUUACGGUCUGUUCGCUUUUCGUCGAGUCAUUACUGCUUUUCUCAGCAGUGCACAUCAUCCGUGGCAAAGAUUGACCAGUAAAAUACACACAACGACGCGGAAAUACCCUUCCUACAAGCGGCCGUAACAUGUUGGCUUUAAAUCACAAAAAAAAAAGGAGGAAAUUUUACACUUUAUAUUGUACUAUACGGUAGAUUGUACGGUUGCAUAAUUCAACUUGCAUCAGAAUUAUUGCACGUGGUAAGCGUCAGACAACUCGGACUGGGGCCGAGCGCUUUCGAUGAGGCAUACUCCCCCCGGCAUAUCUUGAAAUUUGCAGUUUUCUUCGUUAAAUUCAAAGAAAAUUUUAUUUUUUUGGCUUGUACGUAUUUCAAAAUAAUACUACUAAAAGAAAAUAUAAUGAAUUACCUAGGAAAUCCCUUAAAUACCUAAACAGCUCACACAAAAUACAAAAAUAUAUCAUGGAAAUGGGACCAGCAUAAAGUCGAUAAAAAUGCUAAAAUUCAUUAAAAUAAAAUUAAAAUACUUGAAGGGAAGUACAAGGAACUUUAAAUGAUAUGUAUUUAUGUAAUUUAUAAUUUCAUUUUGAAAGAAAAAUAUUAGUUUUGUAUGCAAAAAAAUCAUGAAAACCCUCCCACCCCCCGGACAUGAUAUAAGACUGGGUCACCGGACUUGGCGCGCAUUUGCAAGGCUGCGAGGUUGCUAAGCAAGCUUUUGAUUAGACCACGAGUGAGAGAGUUGUUGUCUUUUUGUUCGAAGGAACGCCGUUUUAAUUUAGUUAUAUUUUCACAAUGGCUACAGCGGCAAGUCCUAGGAAAGCGAGGAAGGUGGAAGGAGAAGCAAACGGCGGAGACGAACAUGAAAUAGUCGAGGAGAUAGACGGUGUCCAAAAUGAAAUAGACACUUUGAACGAGAAAGCUUCGGAAGAGAUACUCAAAGUCGAGCAGAAAUUUAACUUGUUGAGGAAACCGCAUUUUGAACGGAGGACAGACCUCAUCUCAAAGAUUCCACAUUUCUGGGUCACUGCUGUAUCCUUGAAAAAUUACGAUAUUUUUGUGUAUUUGAAGAUUUUAUUGUGGAAAAACAUAUUUUCCAUCCCCCCCUGGAGAUUGAGGAUUUUGUGUUUUUACCAGGGGGGAGGGGUGUAAUGUUAUGAAUGCUCAGAUGUUACUAACUUGCUGCUCUAACAAUGCUGCAAUAAUGAUUUCUAGUGAUCACCCCCCUGUAAUUAACCAUUCUAGUGGUCUUUACAGGGGGGGUUGUAGUAGUUCUAAAGUAAAUCUACACUCUUCCCAGAUGUGUCAAGGUCCGAACAUGUACUUAGGUUCGCCUGUUGUUCUGCGAUUGCUUCAACCCCCUCUGGGCCUUCUUACCUGCACCUAUUUGCAGAUCUUUUAGUAUUAGAGUGGUCCAACUGUACAGCUAGAAUUUCUUAACCACCAGAAGUUUUUAAACCAUCAACAAAUCAGUGCUGUGCUUGACGAAGAAGAUGAAGAAGCAUUGCAAUAUCUUAAGUCGGUAGAAGUUGAGGAAUUUGAAGAUAUAAAGUCUGGAUAUAGGAUAAAAUUUGUAAGUUUAGCAAAGAGAUUAUGAAAUUCCGAUCAAGGCAGUCCUCGAAAAUUAGUGACAGCAAUUGCCACCGAUAAUGCUGCCGAAAAUGAAAUUAUCGAUGACUUUUUUAUUUUCCGGCUUUAUUUCGAAGAGUCCGUAAAUAAUUUCUGUUGAUACUUCAUGUAACUUCAGACAAACAUAGACACUUUGCUGGCCACAAGUGAGGAGUUUCUUCCAUGUGCUUCGAUCUGGCUUCAAUGAACAAGUGUAUACUGUAUAUCUUCUAUUUUUUUAAGUAUUGAGAAGCAAAAAAUGCCAUUUAUCUUUUUAAAGAAAAAACAUUGCCAUCGAAAUUGCCGCUGCUGAACUCUAAAAUAUCGACAAGGAUUUAUGCUAAUUUUGAGGACUGUCAGGAUACAUACUGUAGAUCCGGUAGCUCAGAGGAACCACGACAGCUUAAUGUAGAAUACAACCUACACUUUAUUUCCGCAUUUGAGAUUUUCAUAUUUCACGUUUUUUUAUUUUUUUUAUCUAGCAUUUUACAGACAAUCCUUUCUUUGAGAAUGAUCUGAUUAGCAAGGAAUUCUCGUUAAACGAUAGUGGUGAUCAAAUAGCAAAAUCAACGACGAUAAAAUGGAAAGAAGGAAUGGUUGGUUGAAUCAAUUUGGGGAAUAACCAUACAUGGAAUAAUGUUCAUAAUAAACAGUGGCUAUAUAUUUGAUGUUUAAAAUUGAGGCUGAAUUAAAAUGGAGGGGAGGGUUUAGUUUGUUAUUUUUGGCAUUGGUUUACUUUGUGAUACUAGUGUCACAAGUAAAAUAUAACAUUUAAUUCCAUCACAUUAUCCUGCCUUUGACUAGAAGAUGCCAAUUUUCUUUUUGGGUAUAAUCACUGCAGUAUAUUAAUUGCCAUCUUGGUGUCGUUAAGUGGAAUUGCAAUUUUUAGGGUAGGGUGCUGCCACUCAAUGGGUUAACCCCAAAUAUUUUCUGACAAAUUUAAAUCCAAGAAAUCCCACCUUUACUUGGCUCACUAGUAAGGCUGUCUGCUAUUUAUCCAAAAUAUUGCCGUAAUUUCCUAUGUUGAUAGCACCUACUCACCAUGGUUGACUUUACUGACCGAUUAAUGUUGAGUAAUCUGUCAAUGAUUAUGUCAUCCAACAGGAUCUAACAAAACGAUACCAAGAAAGUGCCGCAGGGUCCAAACGUGCCCACCAAGAAGCACAGAGUUUCUUCAGCUGGUUUUCAGACGAAUCUGAUGGAAUAACGGACGAGUUAGGAGAAACAAUCAAAGACGAAAUAUGGCCUAAUCCCCUACAAUUCUAUUUGGUAAUAAUUGUUUGUAUUAAAUUCACUGCAAGAUUGCAUGUUACUAUUGAACACUUUCCUGGUUUUCUAACAUAAAUUCUACACAAUAGUCCAAGUUAAAUAGUUGGAUAAAAUGAAAAAAAAAACACCUCCAGAACCUACUGUAACCAUUUCAGACAGUUUAAAUUUCAGAAUCUUUACAGAGAAGGACACCCCCUUCCAGAUUUGGAUCCCCCCCCAGACUGGGAUCCUACCACAUAGCUGCCCACUUAUUUCAAAAAGCUUCGAAAUUCUAUUGUGAAUCCUGGCCCAUUUCCACUGAAAAUAUCAUUGUUAAAAGUUGGAAAUUUUCAGCUUCAAAAUUGUUUUUCCGACGGAAAAUUUGUGUUGGCCAAUCACAUUUUACAAAAUUUUUUUUCUGUGGAAAAUUUUCCCCGAGUGAAGUGGGGCCUUUAUAAAAUCAUUAUAUCGAGAUAAACAUAGAUGUUUAUUGUUCGUGUAGACAUUCGCAGGACAAGACGAUGAUGGGGAAGAUGACGAUGAAGAGGUCGGUCUUGAUUAUAGAAAAUAAUACCUACCCUUUUCAUGUCAUGUUAUUAUAAGUAAGAGCAUGGCUUGAGGGAGAUUAGUGAUUAAAUGGCCCCGUAACCCGAGGCAGGUUUGCGGAAUUCCCGAGGGCGAAGCCCGAGGGAAUUCCGCAAACCUGCCGAGGGUAAGGGGUCAUUUAAUCACUAAUCUCCCGAAAAGCCAUGCUAUUAGUUUGUAAUAGCAUAGUUUCGCUCCCAUUUAAAAAUGGAAAAACAUGCCCUACUUGGAAUCAGCGUAUUUAAGCUAAAACAUUUGCUUCAUUGCUUGUGGGAUGUAAAAGCUUGUUGCACAUGCGCACUUUUUACGCUUUAAUCGGUUACGCAUGCGCAAUCUAUCAUUUAACGUACCACAACAAACACGCUGAAUAUAUUAGUAUAAAUUUGGAGACUGCACGUGCGUAAUUUAAAUGAUGCGGCAACUCAGGGAUCGGAUGAUAGACUAUUGACGGCUCUGAGCUAACUGUUGCUGUUCCUUGCACGAUUAUGUGCGUGAGGCACUUGCCUAAUGCGUAGUCGUCAGGGAGUCAAAGGUGUGACCCUUGGUAACGGGCGAUUAGUUCUAAUCGCCCGCUCUAGCGGGCGAUUAGAACUAAUCGCCCGCUACAGCGGGCGAUUAGUUAGUAAUCGACCCUGUUGAAACAAAAGAAACCCGGGCAACUAUGCUAUUAUGUAACUAAUGAUUGGUAGAUAUGUACACGUCACCAUUUAAAAAGAAAGAUCAGAGUUUUCCAGGGUCAAUGCUGACCAGCAGAUGCUUACUAACUCUUUCAUUGAUCAUUCCAGGGUGAUGAAGAUGUAGUCGAGGUUGAUGAAGAUGACGAUGAUGAAGGAGACGAUGAUGAAGUCGUCGUUAUUGAGGAAGAUGAUGAUGAGGGGGACUUUGAUGACGAGGAGGGUGAAGAUGAGGAUAUAGAGGGACAGGAAGGUGGGGAUGAUGAGGGUGAUGUAGAGUAUAUUGAAGAAGAUGAAGAAGAAGGUGAUGAUGAACAGGUACAGUAUACUGUACUCAAUAUAUCACUGGAUGGUGCAACUGUAGACAUUCACCUUCAUCUAAGACUGGUUAGAGGAACGCAGUGGCAGACUUCACACUCCCCAGGUGUGUGCCACAAGGAAUACUGCAUAUUAAUGAAGUUUCUUUUGUAGGAGGUAGAGGAGGCAGAGGCCGAGGACCCAGACCCCACCAACGAAGACGCAGCUGACGAGUGAUACUGCCAUAUUAAGCACUGUACAGUAAGAAUAACGAAGCUAAUGAACAAUUUUACCAGCAUUUGGCGCAACAUGAGCCAAGGACGCUAGAGAAAUCCAACACCACAGACUACAUCAACACAUGCAUUAUGGACGUCCAUACACCCUGCCGCUGUAGACUAAAAACUAUUUUUAUUUACUUGUGUGUAAAUUAAGCGUUUAGACAAUAUCGUUUUAUGUAGCAAUCUAGCUGACAAAUUUAGUACUAGCCAAGUUCCUGUAGGCAACGCAACAGUAGCCGCAAAAAUAUUACAUUUAAGCAUGGUUUACACUAUCAAAGUUUCUGUGAUCACAGUAGGAAUUUUGCAUGGGAAAAUUCUAAGUUUUGAAGGAUUUGUAAGAAAUGUUUGAGGAAACUUACUCAGUAUUAAACACGAAGUCAGUUCCCCCCAAAACAUUUCUUACAAAUCCUUCAAAACGUGGAAUUUACCGAUGUGAAAUUCCUACUGUGAUGACAGAAACUUUGACAGUGUAAACCACGCCUAAUAUUUGAGUAUUCUAGAAAUGUAAUAUAUCUUCAUAAUAUUACAGUAAAAAACCUCAUCUUGGUCAGCUUUUUCACUGCCAACGUUUCCGCAUAUGAUGUCAUUAGAUGAAUUUUUGAAGCGAAAAACAAAGGAAAACUAAUUUGCAAUCCAUCUGAUGACAUCUUCGAUAACCUUGACAGUGAAAAAGUUGAUCAAGAUGAGGUUUUUUCCUAUAAAGAUAUUACAUUUCUCCUUAAGCUGGUUUAUACUAUCAAAGUUUCUGUGAUCACAGUAGGAAUUUUGCAUGGGUAAAUUCCAAGUUUUGAAAGAUUUGUGAGAAAUGUUUGAGGGAACUUACUCGAUGUUUAACAUUAAGUCACUUCCCUCAAACAUUUCUUACAAAUCCUUCAAAACUUACAAUUUACCCAUGCAAAAUUCCUACUUUGAUCACAGAAACAUUGAUAUAUAGUGUAUACCAGCAGCCUUUAAAAUGGUCCAAAUAUUACAACAUAUACCAAGGCACUUUAAAAUUCGUUGAAAUCAGCUUUCCGUAUACUCGGCAAAAGCCUACUUUUCCACAAAAUUGCCAUACGCUUAAUAUAUAUUGAUUAUGUGAAAGACACCCCAUUGUAACUUGUUGUAAAUCCAGUUUUAUGAAAAAUCAUUAUGUUAAUUUUUUCUGCAAUAAAACGGU